AUGAUUAAGAGCGAUAAGUGCUCAAAUCUAGCUCGUUCCCAGAUCUCGACGUUGAAGGUGGAAGGUGAUGCGCUACGAGAGUGGCUGACACGAGUCGAGGAGGAGGGUGAGGCUGCUGCAGGGAAAGUGUAUGAGAUCUCUUCUUUGCAGGAAGCGAUUAUGGCCGCUAAAGAGGCAGCGAAAAGAAAGUUGGCUGAGAUCUGGGACUAUGUAGUCUAA